GUCUCUUCCUGACACGAUACCAGUGUUGCUGUCGAUGCUUCUAAAAACUAACAGGAAAUAGUUUUUGUUGUGGGUAUAAUAUAUACGCAUGUAUACGUAUGUGCAGAUGCAGAACUUUGACUAUUGUCAGUCGAUGCUAGCUGAACAUCAGAGAUGGAGAGCCUGUUAAGAGGAAUCGUCACUGAGAAGCUGAGCACCUACGCUGCGAUCAUCUUUAUGUUUACCUACACUAUUUUACUCGACAGGGAUUUUGCCUGCACCUGCAAACCACAAGUCGGUGCCUGCUUCCUGUACUUGCUUCUGCCACCCUUCAUGAUACUUUUCUUAAUACUGAUAACGGACAGGUCUUUCCAAAGAGUCUUUAAAUACCAGUGCUCACAAUGGGAACGCUGCUGCAGUCGUUGGUUUUUUUUUUAUGUCAAGCACAUUUUGAGGGCAUUAUUUGUCGGCAUGCUGUGGGUUGCUUUUUUGUUCUUUGAUGGAGACUGGUAUGUUUGCUGUCGGACUCACGGCUCUGAACCACAGGAACAGUUAGCCUGCAAAGCUAAGGGGAGUUUAACGGUCAACGACACAGUUCUGAUAGCUGAACUGAAGAACACAUCCCGGGUUAUCGGUGCCUGUGUUCUACUUGGAAUUGUUGCAGUGGCUUUCUUCUUGCCUUUGUGUUUCAGAUCGAAAUGCUGUUGCUCCAGCAAAGUAUUUCUGUAUGAAAAACUGAUUAUAAUGGAGGAGGCUAAAGUGCUGAAAGAGGUUUUGAGGAAUUCAGCAAAAGAGAAGUUGACUGAAGGAAUCAAGAAAAAAAAUCAAUGGAGACAAUUGGGAAGAGUGUUUCAAUGUUGCCAAAAUGCUGAUUGAAGAAAACAAACCAAGGACCACUUCUGAAGACCAAGGAGGCCAAGGAGGAGACCAAGAAGGAGUCCAAGAAGGAGACCAGAAGGAGACCAAGAAGAAGUCCAAGAAAGAGACCAAGAAGGAGACCAAGAAGAAGUCCAAGAAGGAGACCAAGAAGGAGACCAAGGAAGAGACCAAGGAGGAGACCAAGAAGGAGACCAAGAAGGAGACCAAGAAGGAGACCAAGAAGAAGUCCAAGAAAGAGACCAAGAAGGAGACCAAGAAGAAGUCCAAGAAGGAGACCAAGAAGGAGACCAAGGAAGAGACCAAGGAGGAGACCAAGAAGGAGACCAAGAAGGAGACCAAGAAGGAGACCAAGAAGGAGACCAAGGAAGAGACCAAGGAGGAGACCAAGAAGGAGACCAGGAAGGAGACCAGGAAGAAGUCCAAGAAAGAGACCAAGAAGGAGACCAAGAAGGAGACCAAGAAGGAGACCAAGAAGGAGACCAAGGAAGAGACCAAGGAGGAGACCAAGAAGGAGACCAAGAAGGAGACCAAGAAGAAGUCCAAGAAAGAGACCAAGAAGGAGACCAAGAAGGAGACCAAGAAGGAGACCAAGAAGGAGACCAAGGAAGAGACCAAGGAGGAGACCAAGAAGGAGACCAGGAAGGAGACCAGGAAGAAGUCCAAGAAGGAGACCAAGAAGGAGACCAAGGAAGAGACCAAGAAGGAGACCAAGAAGGAGACCAAGGAAGAGACCAAGGAGGAGACCAAGGAGGAGACCCUAAUCAAGAGGAGCGCAAACUGCUUAAACCAACUAAGAAGCAGAUCAUCAUCAUCAUCAUCAUCCUCAUCAUCAUCAUCCUCAUCAUCAUCCUCAUCAUCAUCAUCAUCAUCAUCCUCCUCAUCAUCACUGUCAUUUAAAUAGAUGUAAAUGCACUGUGCUCAAUGCGCCAGGUGAUGGUGCCAGACAGGCUGUUAGUGUGUUUGUUGUAUUCACCUCCUGCUCUCUUUUCUCUCAGGCUGCUGAUCCAGGAGAGAUGAGACGCUUGUUGGAUUGCUCUAUAUGCGGCAGUGGCCGAGUCUUUACGGAGACUACUUGGUAACGGAGGGUCGCGGGUUAAAUACACCUUUGCUUUAAAGUAUUAUAAAUUAACCAUUUUGGUUUUUUUGUCUGUAUAACCACAUUUUGCUUUUACUUAGAGAUUUAUUAAGGAAUUAAGAAUUGUAUACAAACACUUGCUUGAUAAUGAUCUGAUAAAUAAAUAAUAAGUAUAUUUAUUUAUUGAGUUCAUUAAACUUUGUAUUUGAACAUUU